GACCCUUAUUCCAUAUACAAACCACUUAAUUAUUUUAUUAAAAAUUGUGUCACUUCCAAAUGAAUACUAAAAGAUGGGACUGGAGGAGUAUGAUUUAGUUCCUUCUUUUUGAGUGUUUGUAUCAAUAAAGCAACAUAUGUGAAUUUGAAUACAUUAUCCUUUGCAUUGACAUAAUGCAGAAGAUUGGAGAAUUGAAGAUUAAUUUGCUAUUAACUUGAAUUCACAGUAAAUCUGAACACAUCUUAGAAGCGAAGAAAGGGAAGCUAUUUCCAUCAUUCCACAACAAAACAUGCCACCGAAAUGCCUACACUUCUGAUUCUGACACACCUUCAUAUUUCCCAAUACUUGUGAAAGCAGCAGCAGCAGCUCACAAGCCCACAUCAACCAUCCACAAUCAUAAAUCCCCACAUUUUCCAUUAAAAAAUUCCCAAAACUAAAAAUGGUUCCUGCAGCCCUCUUGGCUUUGCUCAUCACAUUCACAUUCACAGCAGCCUUGGGCAAUCCCACACCCAAAUUCCCAGCCAUUCUUGCGUUUGGUGAUUCAACAGUAGAUACAGGCAACAACAACUACAUCUUCACACCCUUCAAAGGCAACCACCGCCCUUACGGCCACAACUUCCCCGGUGCUGUCCCCACCGGAAGGUUCUCCAACGGGAGACUGGUGCCGGACAUAUUGGCAUCCAUGCUCGGCCUCAAGGAUGCCGUCCCUCCCUUCUUGGAUCCGCUUCUCUCGGAUCAAGACAUUGUGAGUGGAGUGAGUUUCGCGUCUGCAGGCUCCGGCUAUGAUGAUCUAACCACGUCUUUCUCUCGAGUCAUUCCCAUGUCGAGGCAGUUGGAUUACUUGAACGACUACGUUGAGAGGCUGCACACAAUUGUUGGCGAAAGAGAAGCUGCAAACAUACUCAAUAGAGCUCUGGUUAUUGUGAGUGCUGGAACUAACGACUUCACCUUUAAUUUCUAUGAUUUCCCCACUAGGAGGCUUCAGUUCACCGUCUCCCAAUACCAAAACUUCCUGCACGCUAAACUGCAGAGCUUCAUUAAGGUGCUGUACGACGUUGGGUGUCGUAAGAUGGUGGUGUCGGGGCUCCCCCCGAUAGGGUGUCUGCCAAUACAGAUGACAGUAAAAUCUCCUCUGCGGAGGAGCUGCUGUCAAAGGGAGAACCAAGACGCUGAGGCUUAUAACGACAAGCUUCGGAAGGUGCUGUCCCAAAUGGAGAUGGAGCUUGCAGGAAGCAGAAUACUCUAUGCGGACGUCUACAAUCCUAUCAUCAACAUGAUCAACAACCCACUAAAAUAUGACUUUGCAGAGACUACGAGAGGCUGCUGCGGCACUGGAUUACUAGAAGCCGGACCUCUCUGCACUCCGUUGGGAGGCAUCUGCGUUGAUCCUUCGCGCUAUCUAUUCUGGGACAGCAUUCAUCCUACUGAAUCAACCUACCAGAUUCUAUCUCAGAAACUAGCUCACACUUUGAUUCCAAACAUCUCUUGAUUUUAUUCACCAUACUUAUAUCUGUGUUUCAACAUCACUUGUUGCAUUGGAUAUUUGAGCAAACUAUAUAAAUCAUAUAUAUAUAUAUCUCAAAAAUAUACAUGUGAUGAUGUGAUGCAAGUCACGAAAAAAGAAUGUACAGGCGAUGAAAACAGACACAAAGCAAAUCUCACUUCCUUCCAGUUCCAGCAGCAGUCCCUUGGAACAAGGCCGUGAUCCGCGUCUCAAUGUCAUCAAGGCUAUACCUAAUGUGCCUAUCCGCGUGCUUCCCCACAUCAGCAAAGGCGUGCAGUCUCCCAAUGAAGUUGCGGUAUGCUGGAGACAAGUGCCCCGACACCGAGAUCUUCAGCUCCUCCUUGAGUUGCUCGUCGAAGAUCACCCACGACGACUGGCUCCUGCACGUCUCCUCAAAGCUUGCGUUGAACAACUUCAGCUGAUCCCUCAGACCCUUGGCUGACGAGUUCUGAUCAACCUUCAGAUAGCUCAGAAGCUUCCCCCAACAGCUCCGUUGAUACUUUACAUGAAACUGCCUCACUUUCGCCAUGUUUUUCCUGAUCCAAUCGUCGCCCAGCAGCGCUCCCAGCUCGUUAUCCCUCACCUUCUGCACCAUGUAACGCCCGUUGUUCAUCAUGAAAACACAGCUCAGUGCAGCAUCUUUGUAAACCCUAGACUUCGCCUCCAAACUAGUUUCCAAUAACUCCAUGAUCCACGCCAACUGUGCUGUCAGAGACGACGACGAAGCCAUAUCUCCCUUUCCGUAAUCAGCAUCACCACUUUCCUCGAACACCUGCUCUAAUGUCAGCCGCGACCUACACGCAGCGCGGAGGUAAUUCAUCACGUAGCGAGUGAUCGGAUGUAAUCCGCCGCCGGGGACUGCUGACUUGGCCGGAUCGCGGCGGAUCAGAUUCUCGAGCUCCAAAAAUAUGCCCCUAAUAACCUCCCCUAAUCUCUUCCAAACAGUCACGGCUUCAUUCCUCAACGGCAAACAACAAUCAUCGAGAAACAGCAGCUCGAAUUCAGGCAUCAGAUCCCUAAUUGUUUCGUAAACAUCCAGCACCUUGAAUAACCGCUCCGGCGACCGGCUGCUGAUCGCCACCGCGUCUGCGAAAUUCAAUAGCUGAAUAAUCGAGCCCCUGCAUACCUCGAUGAAGGAGAGGUCAGCAUCCGAUGGAAAACCGGAGAAAAUGCUGUCACAGAGGCGGCGCUCGCUGGGGAGAAGGACACGGAGAGUGACGUUGAUCGCUUUAAUCCAUCUUUCAAUCUCAUCUUCCAGCUGAGUCCACGGCAUUCUCUGCACCUCGUCGAUGCUCAGCUUCGGCAGCCCCAGCCGCGACAGGCUCUGCUCUAAAAACUCCCGCCGGCACGCGCCAUACGCGGCGCAGCACUCCUUCUCGUACCCCGCCGCCGCCAUCCGCUUCGCGAUCUCGUGCAGAUCGCCCACCGUCCCCGGCGGGAGCGCUUCGAUUAAGAAGUCGUAAUCGGCCACCGGCUGCGCCACGGGGAUCGACUCGUCCUCGACGGAGCCGUCGUCGUCCUCGUCGGAGUAAUCGGGAUGCUGGCGGGUCGAGUCGGUCGAGCCGCCGCCGCUCUCGAGCAGCGCUCUGAACUCGUCCUCCAUGCGCAGCAUCGUCUGCUGCAGCAAAUCCUCGGCGCGGGCGACGCGCUUGUUGCCGGCGAGGGGAGCCCAAUCGCGGACGGCGGCUAUCAAUUGGUCAACGGCGUGGAGGAAGGAGGCGACAUCAACCGAAUUGGACCAAAUCGGCGCGUCGAGGGAGAUGUAGCGGGAGAGGCGGCGGUCGAGGGACUUGAGCGUCUGGUCGAUGCCGUCGUCGGAGAGCUUCUCGCGCAGUCUGCCGUCGAAGUUGCUGAAAAUCUUGAGAAUAUCGUCGGUCAUAGAGUCGGUGUGGCCAAGGGUUUUAGCGAUGUGGCGAGCUACCGCUAUGAGCUUCUCCUCGCCGUUGUCCGCCAUGAGAGAUAUGGAUGGAUUAUUCCAGAUUGGAGAUGUGGAAGUGAAGUAAAUCC